AAAACAUAAAGCAGGUUUAAUUCCUAAAAAAAGGUUUUUAAUAUUGAAAAAAGACUAAAUUUAAAUAUGUAUAUGUAUUGAACUUUAGAUAAAGGGAGUGUGGAAAUUGUGGUUUUAUAGCAGCUAGUCUUUUUUCGUUGCUCUUUAAAAAUGUUGAACUAUUAUAGAUUUAGUGAAAUUACUCAACACAACACAUAUUAUUGUACUAAACCAAAUUAAAGUAUAAUGUGCUGGGCUCGAUAGAUAUUAUACAAUAAUGACUGUCCUGAAUGGACUGGUCACUUUAAUAUUGUGAUGUUAUCUAGUCUCGCGUGACCUAUGAAAUUUGUUUUCAUGCAAUCACGUAUUUGUUAAUGACGGACAAACAGUGGAUGUUAUGAUACUUUUCCAUUUUAAUAUGAAAUGUAAAAACAAUGUCCUUUUUAUGCUACUAAAUCCAUUUUAAAACCAAAAAAGGAUUUAAGAAUUUCAAGAUAAUGAUAAUGCUCUAAGAGAAAAUGUGGUGAUAGUUAAAAUCAAUUAUAAUGAAGAUACACCCGCAACCUGUUUCAAAGAGUCAACGUAAAGGCCUCAGAAAUAGGAAAAAUUGGUUCACACAACCAGAUAUUAAACAGAGUCAGGAUCACGGUAUGCUUUCAUUGUUCGCCACAAGUUUACGUCAUCAGACCACAGAAUUUUUCAACAACUCAACUUUGCAUGGCGUCCGAUAUAUAGCUGAAAAGGAACGACCGUUUUGUGAAAAAUUUAUGUGGUUUAGUUUUACUGCUAUUGGUGCAGUAGCAACUUGCAUAAUCAUCGUGAGCUUAUGGGAAAAAUUUCAAACGAAUCCCACUAUAACAGGGUUAGAUACAGAUUUCCAUAAUUGGGAUGUGCCUUUUCCUGCAGUCACAAUAUGUGAUAGGAAUCCUGUUGACGAAGAACUAUUAGCAGAAUACAUUAAUACAAUAUGGGGUUCAGAACCACCGGCAAAAGCAGAAGAAAUGUUAAAAUGGUUAUCUACACUGAGUUAUCAGUCAAUCGCGGCACGAGCCUCUGAAUUUGUUAAGGAUCCAGAACUUGUUGGCAAAAGUGAUACCGAUGCAUCUAUACCGGCUCUUAAUCCUAAAGAAGCUGUUUUUAGUAUUGUACGACAUUGCGAAAAUGCAUUCUAUGAUUGUGAAUGGAAGGGGGACUCUGAAGAGUGUUGCGAUUUAGUGGCUCCUGUUUUUACCGAAAUGGGUUUUUGUUACGCUUUCAAUUCUAAACAUGCAGAAAAGUCAUGGCCAUGGCAAACCCAAACAGAUCAAUUUUCUGAGGCGUUCAUUCAUGAAACGGAUUCCAAAUGGUCAUUUAUGUUUAACUCCUUACGCAACGAUUCUACUAUUGAUAUCUAUAUUCAUUCUACAGAAGAAAUGGCUGGAUUGGAACAGAGCAUACAGCAUUCGUGGGAUAGACGUGUGGAAAAAGUAUCGUUUUCAGUGAAACAUACAUAUACUACUGAAGACGCAAGGCAGCUAUCAGUUCGUCAACGACGUUGUGUUUUUGCGGACGAACAACGCUUGGAAACAUCUAAUAUAUAUACGUACACGGCUUGCAUGAGGCAGUGUCGUAUGCAACGCAGUCGCUCGUAUUGUAAAUGUGUUCCACAUUUCUACCCAACUACUAAAGGCUAUCGACAUUGCACUGUGAAUGAAUUAGAAUGCAUAUCUAAACACGUGGCUGCCAUAACGGAUGUGACACGUUGCAAUUGUGAAUUGGGAUGCACUCACACUGUUUAUGAAAUAGAAAAGUUGACGGAAAUUGACAUAAGCAAAGGCCCAGUAGCAACUAAUUCAUUAGAAACUGAGUUUGUCUCUUGGCCCAUGGUUCGGUAUAAACGAGAAGUAUUGUUUGGUUGGGUUGAUUUAUUAGUAUCAUUCGGUGGGAUAGCAGGAUUAUUCCUCGGUUUCUCCCUCCUAUCCGGAGUGGAGUUGGUGUACUAUUUCACACUACGCGCGUGCUGCGCGGCCGUGCGCGACGCGGACAUGUUGCGCACGGAGCGGGCUGAGAGACUCGCACAGCCUAAACCGCCGCAUGAUCUUAGUCUUGUGCCUUGGUGGAAACAACCGCCGCCACCACCGAUGCCGAGACCACUUAAAGUUCGUCCAAAGGAUAUAAAGCCAUCAAAAUAUUCACCUCCACCAGGUUAUACCGAAUAUCUGCCUUAAUAUUGUUUUUAAAAUAGUUGAUAAAACUGUGUAUGUGCUCCUGGGUACAUUCAAGUUGUAUGUUAGUGUAACUUAUAUUUGCAUACACAUUCAAGUUGUAUGUUAGUGUAACUUAUAUUUGCAUAAUUUGUAUACCUAACUAUAGUCCUAUAGUAAAUUACAACCUACGACAAAUUAGUUGUAUUUCAUAAUCUUUAAGGUUUGUUAAUGUUUGUCUUUGCUAUUAGUGACUGCACUAUCACUCUAAUUUAUAAGGUUUUAAUUGUGAAAAAUAAAAAGACGGACACAAG